UCAGUACAAAGGCAGCAGAGCAGAGCUGAUUCUGCAUAACACUGCUUCUGACGCCUGAUCUGAUCCCACACACACACACACACACACACAAAGGCUCACGCUCAUCACAUCACACUCAGAGCCGCUGCACCUCAGACCAGUGGAGGAGAUGAUCCCGGCUGGCAGCCGCUGACAGCCUCCUACAGAUCAUCUGAUACGGACACACUGCGCCUUGACCUCCAGAGAGCCUGGCACACUUCUGCUGAGCAUCUAACAAAGGAUUCUACAGUGACCCCCGGCAAUUAGACUGUACCCGAUCCCACAUCCCUGAAAGAAAAGGCAACCUGAUUCUUAGUGGGGCAGGAAAAAGGAGCGGAUCAUACCUCACAACUGAAACACAACCCACUGGAAGGAGAGACGGACGGCCGAACGCAGACGAGAUGCUGGCCGAAAUCCUCAAGAACAUGUGGGUGGACCCGGAGGUGCUGGAGGCCCUCAGCGACGAGCAGAAGAAGAUCCUGUUCCUGAAGAUGAGGCAGGAGCAGGUGCGUCGCUGGAGGGAGCGCGAGGAGAAGGAGGGACAGAACAACAACGAAACCAGGCCAAAGAACGUUUCCAGUAAACGUGUGACUUGGCUGCUUGGUCGCGACGGAGACGUGAGCGUCAACGUCAUAGGAGAGAUGGAUGAAUUCAGAUCAUCUAAACUCCUCCAGAACCUCAUGAACAACAGAUUGAGCGGCGAUAAAAUGAAUGGCAUCCAGACGGCGGACUCGCGGCCAGGAAGAGAGGCCCAGCAGCUCGGCUUUAAAGGCGACGUCCAGCUGCCCCUCGCAGAUGAGGACCACGCGUCGCCGAACCAGUCGUCCUCCGAGGAGGACGCGGACUCCUGCGGCGCCGAAGACGACCCGAAGGACCCCGGCGAGGACAGCGGCAGCGAAUCAGGCAGCGGCUCAGACAACCCCGCCGACUGGGCUCCUCUCCGCAGGCCCCGUCUUAGUAACCAUGGCAACCAGCCGCCGCUCAAAGCCCCGCUGUCAGGCACAGAGAGGGAUGGUCCCCGAGACAGAGAAAUUGUGUGCCGUGAAGAGGCGAAGGCAGAUUCCGGAGGUCGUGUGGCACAGCUCAGGAAGACCUUCAACAGCAACACCAAACCUCCGGUACCGGCCAAACCCGCGGAUCUGCAUGAAAGACGCACGCCCUUCAUCCAUUAGGCGUCCAGGUGUAGCCGUCUGCUACGACACCAGAAGGCCGGGCCUGCUGUGCUGAGCGUGCAGAAAAAAAGGGCUGUUACACAAUGAGGCUGAGGCCACACACACAAUCCUGACUUGAACCCAGAUACUUCACUCUUUGUUAGGCCUCAGCUCAAAGCCCGCCGACAGACAGAGCCAUGUCUGUGGGGGUGAAGCUUGAAAGCUCCCGAACCUGAAUCCACCUGAAUGAGAAAACGAAGCAGCUUUGACGUUGCAGCGUUUGGAUUCACACACAGUUUGUGGACAUGAUUGACAGGUGGAUGCAAAGCGUUCAAGGAGACACGCAGGCAACUGACAAAAUACACUAAAACGAGUUCUAGUCAUGUUUAAUAGUGAAAUGUUAUAAUAAUAGGUUUUGGGGUACUUGUUUGCUUUAACUGUGCUGUUCGACACCAGUGACUGUUUUUGUCGACUGGUGCAGUAGUUUGGGUGUUUUUUAUCGUAAAAGGGUUCAUUCUACAUCUUUUUACAUAUUCAAAUAUAUAUAUUUCUACAUAUUCUACAUUAUGUGAUUGAAUAUAAAGCCUAAAAUGGCUUCUCAAGUAUGUUUUGGGAAAAAUACUUUUGUUUUUUUAUGUUACAAUAAAACAGCAAAGAUCCAAUAAUUCACAUUGGCCUUUAGCUGCACUUGAAUCUGUUUGGCACCUAGAGCAUAUUGUAUGUAAGAUGUGUUAUGUUAGCAUGCUAACAUGCUAAUUGACAGUCAUGGCAAUGGGAAAUUAUCAUACAAACCAUCUGCACUGUGACUGUGAGCAUGUAGCAUGCUACAGUUAGCAUUUAGCUCCGUGUGGAUACAGGCUCACAGCUGCUAGCACAAUGCUAGCAUCCUGUAUAGAUCACAUAUGUGGGUUAAGAAAGUUGUCUGAUUAAAGUAUAUUUGACAUUU